AAUUCACCCCUCUGCAAGGAAUGGCAUGUUCCACACAGGGGGUCAAAGUUCAACAAAUAAUAUGGCGUACCCGGAAACACUAGUUCAGUAAAUUUACGGAAAUCUGGUCGCAAAUUUCGGCGCUACAAACGCAGGUGACAGAUUUCAGUGAACAAUGGACGGGCACAAGUUGAAGUCCCCCAAUCUACCGGGCAUCCUUCAGCAGCAACUCAACCAACAGAGAAACACAGGGCGAUUCUGCGACAUCAAGCUGAAGCUGCAAGGAUCCGAUCUAAACGCACACUACUGUGUCUUAGCCGCCCUUUCUCCAUAUGUCUCUGCUCAAAUUCAAAGUGCUAGCACGACAGAGAUUGUACUCCAGCUACCUCCACUUCUUACACGAAAAGGAGUGGGGCCCUUGCUGGAUUGGAUGUAUACAUCAGAGCUGACACUUUCGCAAGAUAACCUGCUUGACGUGUCGUUCGCUGCUGGGUACUUUCAGGUCGAGGCUGUGGCUAAACUUUGCCAAACGUUCCAGCAAAAUCUGCACCAUUGCGUGGUCACAAGUUGUACCGGCGGGCAGGGUACUGGGGUACACGGGGAGUACACACGUGUGUCGGAAGAGCAGAAUUGUGCUAGCCAGAUCAUGAUCAGCGAUGGCCGAAACAUUGUGAAGGCAACUACAAGCAGUGCGAACCAAACAGAUGUAACAACACCGGCCACCGUCCGUGUGAAGAUAGAAGAGGUGCCACCCGACCCAUGGACCGACGUAACAAACAACAUUCAGUUCGUCUCUACACCAGGCUACAACAGCACGGAAAGGUCAAUGACCUCUUCUCAGCUGCCUUCGAACAUGGUCAGCACAGGUAGUACAGAAACCAACAGCGCAACGCCACCCCUAUCAGGGGACGCAAUGUCGGACAUGGAGGAGCCAACUACACCAGCCUACCUAUCCACGGCUGCUGAUUCUCACGGCCAGUUAGCCCACCACAGCGGCGGUCUGGGUUUGACCGAAAGUGGGGAUGCGGCCAUCUCUUCCCAUGCUCCUGGAAUUCAGAACAACGCUGGGUUUGUUUACCCUGAAAAUCAAACCUGGCAGGACCAGUCAGCGGAUGUCAAUCUGGUCAGCUCUUCGGGUGAGUUCGCCGCCCCGUCGGUGUCCCCACAUGAGAGCCUUGCUAGUGAUAGCGAAACCCCCUCCGUGACCCCAUUUGACAGCAGCUCUUCUGUAAACCCUUCAACAUCCUCAGACCGUGGCCAUGAGUUGAAGAUCGUCGCGGUGGUCGGAUCCUGUCGAAAAUUAUAUUACGGGCACGGCUUUUUGAAUCAAAGUGACCAAUCGGCAGGACUUUCAGUUCAAACUGACCAAUCAGGACUCGUCGACACAACAUGCUACGGAACCAGCAGUGAAUCCUCUGAGGGUCCGAAUACAGUAACAGUAGAUGUCACCGAAGAUGUUAGCGAGAAUCAAACCUCGAUCAGCGCCACUAGCGAAGAGAAUCAACCGCAGCUACCUUCAAAGAACAGCAACGAAGAAGAAGAAGAAAACGAAGCUCCGGUGGUGUGCACAAUUCCCGACGAAGCAAAAGCCGCCAACGAAGGCGAAAAGAACCAGUCGUCCUUACCCAAACAAGAUGGUGACAACGUAGCCGAAACUACCAAGGCUGGAAUCAACCAAGCUACGAGUACAACAGAUACUGAUACUGACACAUUACAAAACAGCAAGGACCGUGACCGUGACAUACACAUAGAAGACAGCCACAAUAAGGCAAGCACGGGUAAUGUUAAUAGCAAAGAUGAUGUUGUGCCUGAUGUUGGAAAUAAGAAGAAGCAGGAGAAAAAGAAGAGGAAGUCUAAUGACCAACAUGAAUCCUCUGCCAAAACGAUGUCUCCGAGCAAAAAGAAGAAACAGCAAAAGUCAACGGCUCGUACUUCUGACGACAACAAAGCUGCUCCGAAGUCUCCCAAGAAGUCACCCAAGAAGUCACCCAAGACACCCAAGAGUCCAAAGAGGCCAGAAAGCAAGCAAAAGGAAUCCACUUCAAAGAAGAGUAUCCCUGGUAGUGCUGCCUCAAAGAUACGGCCCCUGUUUAAGCCCAAACCGCGCCGCCAAGACGGUACAUCAAGAACCGUAGUUAGACUCCAGCCAGAAACCAUUCGAAAGAUUCAAAGUCAGAUUGGCCAUCAAAUCAUCCCUCCGCCGAUCAAAUUCAUGAACUGCUACUUCUGUGACGAGCAGUUUAACAAUGAGGAAGACCGAGUUUAUCAUCUGCAGUUGAAGCAUCCGGGUCACAAUCCCUUCAAAUGUGGCUUUUGCUCUAGAGGGUUCCUGUAUCAGAAGGAGCUGUCCGCACAUAUCACAACUCACAAGUUCACACCCUGGCCGGCAACUUUCGGAGAUUCUUCUUAGGAUUUCAAAUUUUUUUAACUAUAAUGAUUAUCAUGAUACAUGUAUUACAAAUGUAUCAUUAUUACCACAGUUAUUAGUACAGUUGCACCACUAGAGUCGUAUGCAUAUCACAACUCACAAAUUUACAUCCUGUCCAUCAACUUUCCAAGGUCCUUCUUAGGAUUUCAAAAGUUUGUUAACAAACUUGCAAAGUGAUUAGCAUCACGUUACAGAUGUAUCAUUAUUCCUGUUGCACUACUCAACUAUUAGCCUUACUUUGAAAGGCUUUACUGUUAAUAUUGCCGUAUGCUUACAUGAAUAGAGAUAUUAUUCAUUGUUACUAUUAUAGCAACUAGUCUGUAGUAUUUGUCACUUCAUUAGACGAUUGUUGAUUAAUCAAAUUUCAUGAAAGUCAUGAACUUGUAUAUUAUAUUGAGACACAAGACCACUGCCACUUAUAUUUUAAUAGUUCAGACAAAAAAAAUAUUUUAAAAGUUCAGACAAAGGUUGGUUAAAAAUUACUAAAAUAUGGAUUAUGGAAUGUAUUUUAUAUAUUAUUAUGACGUUAAUCAACUUUUUAUGAACCAUUGGUGUUUUUUUACUGGAAUACAAUAUAUUGGUUGUCUGUUUUUUACUAUGGUUUGAUCACAGUGCACUUUUAUCACGGUACAUCAACUUGUAAAAUAAUUAUCAAAACAAAAUAAAAG